CUUGCAGUUCUGCGAACAUGAUGUUUUAAUCAUGAAGAAUGUUGCUAGCAUAAAGAGGAUGGAGCCGAAAUUUGUGUUGGUAUCUGCUCUUGACUAUCAAUUCAUUUUGUUCUAUAUGGUGAAGUCAUUUAUACGGGCACAUCUUGAGGAUCUUGCUAACAAAGAUGCUGUGAAGAAGGCCAAUGAUGCAGAAAUGCUUUCAGCAUUGGCUGAUCUAGCUCCUGAACCCAGCAAGAAUAUGACCAAAGGAAGUGAUAAUUCGAGAAAAACACGAAAGAAAUCUAAACUUAAAAAGCACAAAAAUCAUGGGAAGGCCAUGGAUGAGGGAGCUGGUGGAAGCCAGGAGCACCUUCCUCUGGACAAGGAAAAUGCAGAAAAAGUCUGCCAUUCUAUUGCAUCUGAUGGUGGUUAUUCAGAUUUUGGCAUUGUUGUUUCCACGAGCACUGAAGAUUUGAAACAAAUGGAAGAAGAACAUAGAAGCAAGAUUGGUUCUAAGGUGCCUCAGAAAUCAUUCUUGAAAGAGGAAGAAUCUGGGAAAUCACUGAGUGGCUCUGGCAUAUUUGGUGUUGUACUGAAAAAUGAUAUUGGUGAAAAUAAUUGCAUUCUAAACGUGAUCAUACAGUGCUUAUGGAAUAUACAACUGGUUCGGAAUGAGUUGUGCAGCAUAACAGAUUCAGGACAUGAGCAUAUUGGAGAUCCCUGCAUUGUUUGUGAACUAGCUGAGGUAUUUGGUGAACGAAAUGAGGCAUCUACUUGUACUAGGAGAGAAAUUGUAUCUACAACCUCCUUAAGACUUGCCAUAAGCAAAUGCUCCCCCCGUAGGGAUAGCUUUCACGAGUUCUGACAAUAUCUACCAAAUUCACAGGGACAAAUGAAUGAUGUGGAUGAGGUUCUGCAAAAUAUUCUUGUUAUUCUUCAUCAGUCCUUUACCAGUUGCCCAGCCCCAGAUGCCUCAUCUGAAUCAGAGAAAAGCAAGUGGGUA